AGAGGACAUGACGUCACCAAUCAACCCGGAAAAACAGCGCAAACAACAACAACAAAAGCUUUGACUAACGUAGACAGCUCGCUGCAAAUUUAUCAAGCAGGUAAAUAUACACAAAUGUUAACAGCACUAGAGUUCAUGUCGGGCAACCAGAAGAAAAGAAACCUUCAAGAGUCUACAGCAGACCGCUUUAUAUGAAGGAAAACGGGAGAGGCAGAAGCGAAGCUAAUGCUAGCUCUGCAGCUAGUCACAGCUGCAACCUGGUGAUUUUGUGGUCAUUUAUAACAGGUUUCUGUUAUUACCAGCCUCUUCUGGAUCAUAUAAUAAGUUCAUCUUCUCCAGUACUUUUCAAAUUUUUGAACUCUACUUUGUGCAUCGGUAAAAUUUAAGACACGUUUAAAAAUGUAAGACAAAUGAGCUCAAACCAGGACAUUACACUAAUUAAACGAGAAUCAGUUAAUUAAAACCAGGUGGUGCAUGACGUAACUUUAGAGACUUUACUGGAUAAUGAUCUCUGCCUUUAUAAUCAAUGGACUGAGCAAUGCACCUGUCUCUUAAGUGAGCUACUGAAUUCAUGGUGGAUGCCCUGGAGUAAAAUGAGAGUAACAAACAUGAUUUAAAUACACAUCACAAACGUAAUUGGUGUUAAUGAAAUUAGAUUUUAAACCAUUCAGGUAAAUUUCUGACCCACUCACAGGUCCAUCCCAGCUGUCUUGACUUUGAAACUUCAACUCAAACCCACAUACUCUUUAAAAUGUACAAAAAGUUACUACGUGCAUGCUUCAUUGUAAUCACUUGUAUUUGUUGGUUGUAUAUGUGGAGCUAAUCUGAGCAUUUUUUAAUCGAAUAUAGAUCAGCAGGGGAACAGAGGAUUACAGGUUCACUUAACAGUAUAAACUAAAUAGAAAUAUAAAUAAAUAUUAAACUUUCUCACAUGAUCACAUGUGCCCAGCAAGCAAGUUACCAGCAGUUGCUCUCUAUGGACACAUAGUUCACAAAGAUGAAUUUCAAACUGGAAAGUGAACAGUCAACAGCUACUUGUCAUUCAGUAUAGUAUGUCUGUUUUUUAAAGGCAAUUUCAGCAGAGCUGUGUUCAAUGCUGUCAACUUGAUAUGGCACAGUAGAACAGAAAGGAUAAAAAUCUUUGAUUGAAAACAAGGUUGUUGUAGUCAUCAUGUUGGCUGUCCUGCUGUUUCAACCUUUAUUAUGUUUGGACUCUACCUUGCUUAAAAUGUUGCAGUAAAGUUUCUGCAGCAUUUUAGCUCUCUCAAAACAUGAAGUGACUGCUGUUAAUUUUACAACAGACAUUCGAAGCUGUGAGGUUUGUCAUUGCGGAGCCUCACACACUGGACUGAUUCUUCCACUUUUGUGUUUAAGGUUAUCCAGAUCAUUUAAUUGUAAUCUGAAAUCAAAUAGCAACAAAAAGGAGGAAUGAUUGCAUGAGAAAACUAAGUUAAUACCCGAUAUGUCCUUGGUCUGCUGUUGCCAUUGUAAGUCUCAGUCUGUCUUGUGAGUGUUGUGUUCACUGCUAUGAGCUGUAUUGUAUUCAUGCUAGUUUCAUGGAUCGUUCAUGGAUGCUAGUAACUUUGGUGUAACUUUGAGACAUCUUUUAGUUAUUGAUUCACUUAAAUCAUUUUUGUAAACAAAAAUAUACGUUUCACUUUAUUAUUUGGGCUAAUGCUGGGUAAAUGCUUUGUUGUCCUUGAUACUGUGCCUUGCUCAUAACUGUGAUUGGAACUGUUAUUUCUUCUGUCCCUGUGUACCAUAGAUAGAAUCCAUGUUAUUUUCAAACUUAAGGAGACGAUCUUCCAGAUUACUACAACUCCUAAUAGCCUUGUCAUCUUCAGUGUUUACUAUGGCCCUGAAAUACACUCUUUUAACAGUUCUCACAGCUGCCCUUGAAGAUUGUUUUUCCAAUGUUUUUUUCAGUACAGGAUCCCAGUAGCCAGAAUGGCCACUGACUGGCUCGGUAGCGUUGUUUCCAUCAACUGUGGGCUGGCGUUGGGAAUUUAUCAGGGAGAGGUGUCAUCAGUGGACCAGUCCAGGCAGACCAUCUCACUGAGACAGCCCUAUCAUAAUGGAGUCAGAUGUCCUGUCCCUGAGGUCACUUUCAGGUAAGAGAGAAGGAUACCGACACACUUUCUCUUGAAGGAUCCACAACAUAACUCCACUUUCAUGAGAGUUGAGAAACCAUGUAAAUGUUAAUAAAAACAGAAUGCAAUAGUUUGAAAAUCAUUUAAAGUAGGGCUGGGUGAUUAAACCAAUAAUUUACCAAUACCAAAAUUUACAACAAUAACCGUCAUUUUGCCGAUAUCGGUAUCUUUGGUGUCAAAAAAAUUAAAAAAGUUGGUUUUGGAUACGUGUAGGUAGGCUAUGGUCUCAUGUCCCUCUAAGAUGCUGUCCUAUGUUAGAGACGUGACUCCACCCUAUCCAGUCCGUAACAAAGAGGGAAAGACAGGUGAGGAGAUGGAGGACGGUUCAAAAGUUGUAGCGUCCGGAGCGGCGGCUGAAGUAGACCAAGUUAAUGUGGGAGGGGAUGAGCAGCUUGUGGAGUAGUUAUCGUCCAUUUAUUGUUAUCGAGGUGAACUGCUCAAUACAUUGUGAUAUUGAUUCGAGGCCAUAUUGCCCAGCCCUAAUUUCAAGCCUUAUAUAGUUGAAAAUGAAAAAGUUUUGUAAUGUCAAAAAUCUAGAGGAACAGCUAACUAUGUUGAUUUAUGGUAAGUUAGAUUUAACAGGCCAGUAACAUAACUAGACACAAACAGGGAAUUUCAGAGAGGCAUAGUUUUUCAGAGGAUAAAACAGAAAGAUAUUUGGCCCUCAGGUGGUACUACAUUUAAAAAAGAACUGACUCUAUAGUGGAAAUCACUACAUGGGCUCAAAAUCACUUCCAGGAACCAUUGUCUGUGGAGAGUGUUUGCUGCUGCAUUCACAAAUGCAGGUUAUAGCUGCACCAUGCAACUUGGGUAACAUGAUCCAGAAAUGCUGGUGACUUUUAUGGUCCUCGCUUAAUGGACGAUGGAAAACUGUCUUGUGGUGUGACAGAUUAAACUUUGAUUUUUUUUUAACACCACAUCCUUCAGAGGAGAGGGAGCAUCUGGCUUGUUAUCAUUGCUUGUUUAAAAAGCCAGCAUCUGUGAUGGCAGGGGCGUGUAUAAAUGAUGGUAGCCAGUCGGUAAAGCUUAGAAAGCUUCAUUAAUUGUGUGCAUUUUAAAACAGCAUGGUUCUGUAGAAGAGUCUGGGUGCUUAACUGACCUGCCUGCAGUCUUGACUUAUCACCACAAAGAAUCAUGAAAGAGUAGACCCCAAACAGUUGGAGAGCAGAAAUCCUUUAUCAGUGAAAAUGAGACAUUUCACCUUCAAAAAUCCAGAAACAGGUCUCAUUGGUUCCCAACCUCUUACAGAGUGUUGCUGAAAGACAAGGUGAUACAGCAUAAUGGAAAGUGUGUCCCAACUGUUUGACUUAACUCCACCACAAAGAUGAUAUAUCAGACUCAAGACCUGUCAAAUCACAUAAAGCCUGAUGGAGAAAAAAAGAAAAAAAUGUUAAAACAUGUUUUAAGUAUUAAUACAAGUCAGAACCAGGAGUUUAAAUAAACAUUGUUUUACAACUAACUUAUAAGUUGUCAACUCGAGUAUUUUUAUAGGAACAAUCAAGUAACAAUAAAUGAAAUACACAUGAUCCCAGCCUCUUAAACGUAAUUAUUUACAGGUUUCUUGGCUCUUCUGUGACAGUGAGCUGCACAUCUAUGUGCUGUGAUCAAAACAAACAUGUAGGAUAACAUCUUAAGGAUUUGAAUUCAUUCCUCCCCAAAUUUUUUUUUACAUAUAGCAGAAAAAGUUAUUAAUCUAUUGAGAAAUCAAUAAACCACUGAAUCAAAAAGGAAUCAGUAUGAGUCUUUUUCAACUAUUUGCAUUUAUAACUGCACUAUAAUUGCACAAGCUGAGAUCAGAUUUAUCUGCUAAAUUUGUACUAGUGCUGUCUUUUUCUGUUUAUUUUGUUUUAUUGUCUAAACAACAAUAAAACUAAAUUAUAAGAUAAUGCAGCCCAGAUCAUAGUACCAUUCAAUCAGAUUGCUUUCAGAGUGUUUUUUUUUCAUCCCAUGAGUGGGCAGAUCUUAUUGCCCUUUUCUUUCUCAUGUGGACUGAGAAUUAACAUCUGAAGAUUUCAGUUUGAAUUGAAUUUUAAGGUAGUAUGUUCACAGUGCAGUCUGAGCCCUGAAUAAUUUUAGGUGCCUGUCUGUCUGUUUGUCUGUCUGUCUUCUAGUGCCAUGGACAUCAAGGAGUUAAAGUUCCUGGAUAUCCAGACCACAGCCAACAAGCCGGGUUCUAUCGAGGGAGCUGCAACACAAGCCGGCCCUAUGACUUCAGGACGCCCCAGUCAGAGUAACAGAGUCACAAGCAGCAGCUCUCACUCCAACAACACCGCUCCCAUCACCAUCCUCCGCAGACGUGAGUGAAUAUGCUACCUUCUGUUUGAUCAGCCUUUCUGUCCUUUGGUUAAGUACAUAACCGACAAAUAUUGAAGUUAUUAACAAUUCUAUCAUGUCCCGUAAAAAAUAAGAAAAGUCUCAACAACCAAGACAAAUGAGGAAAAAUGAUGAAAUUACAAUCCCUUUGUUUGAUUGAGCCUCAUUUGACAUCUCGUAUAUUUGUUUUGGGACUCCUGAUGUUAGAGUUGCUGGAUGGAAACAUGUUGUAAUGGAAACUGUCCUCUCCAGGAAGGGGUUAAAUUUAACAGCAUCAGUACCAGAUAACAGAGUCAGGUUAUGUUCUGAAGUCUGUGACCUUUACACUCAACACAUCAGGCCCUGUUCAAGCUUUCAUAACCUGACACCUGACACGCAGAGCGUGAUUGUGAGUGUUGAAUCACAAACAAAUGACAGGUUAUUUUACAAAAUAUCAAGACAGUCUGACGCAGGUUUUCAUGGGUUUGGAAAGUCCAAUUUAUUUAAAACUCUUGCUUAUUCAUUGUGAAGAUGCAUUUCCUGGUCCAAAUCAGAGAACUAUUGUUGCAGGUUGGGAGUCAUGCACUACAUGACAGGAGUUUAACCACAGUGAUGUGUCCACACAGUGCUCAUCUGUCAGAGAGCACAAAAUAGAUAUUGUUUAAUUGCCUGAGGGAAAUGUGACACACAUGUCACUUACCUGACUCACUCUUUCAAUAAUUCUAGAAGAGUCGUCACUCAAGAUGGACUCAAAGCGCCUAGUCACUUGACAUCACACAUAACACACUGUAUAACUCAUGCAUAAUGUUUUCUGGGUUACAAUAGAGAGGAAGGCAAGUUUCUAGAUCAAAGGAUUUUGCUGUUUCACAAACUGGAUAUUUACACAAUCACAUCACUCCAGUGCCACAGGAGGAACAACUCUUUAACAAUGACGGCUUUUGGAAAAGGCUUCAUUUGUUCAGCAGGCCAUCUCAACAAAAUAUGUCUCCAUUUUCUCAAUCAAAAUACUGUCAAACCAUACUGCUGUCAUCUGACACCUGUACUUUGUUACAUCCAGAUAGUAGAGCGUUCCAGCAUUAUGGCAGUAACGUUAGACUCAACAUAUGACUAACUUUUUAAUCCUUCAACAAUGGAAAUCAGGGGUCAACCAUUACUGGUUUUCUAGCCAUUUACUAGUCCAGUAACUGACACUUGGAACCAGUGCUACAGUAAAAUGCCCAAAUUUAGAGAUAUGAACUCCCCCAGAAAACUUUUUUUGAAUAUUCAGUCAAACAUGAUAAAUGGCAGAUAAAAGACAGAUAAUUGGUCGACGUCUAAUAAAAACAUGAAAGACUAGUUCAUCUAAGUAGAAAUCCCGGUACCUGUAUAAUGUAAAAAUCUGCAGCUAUGUAUCUCAUUUUUGGUCAGUGCACAUAAUUCUGACAACAGAUGUCUAUGAAGAACUAGAAAUAUCAGGUUUAAUAUAACCUGUUUUCAGGAUCAAUUUAUCUGUGGUUUAGUUUUUUUCAUAGGAUUUGUUGGCAGUAAGUAAAUAGAUGAAAUAUCAUCAGUUUUUACUUUUUCUUCUGGGAGUAAUAAGACUUGCUGUACAAAAUCCAAAUAAAUGCAAAAAGUAUAUCCAUGUCAGAAAUAGUAGCUUUGAGGUUACCAUUUACUCUUAGUGUGCAGUAUCUGAAGUUGGUCUGAAUUGGUCAUUGUAUUUCCAUACUAUCCUCUGAAUCAGAGUUACUGUAUGAGUAUUAGAAACAGCAUUGUUUCAGCAAAAACUAGUGAUGAUAUUGAAGUUAAAUGUAAUGGAUACGACAUGAGGAGUUGUUCAGUGCUAAUUUUUUUUAAUGUUUCAGCCCAUUAAAAAAAAGUGGAGAGGAUGUAACAGGAAGACUUCACAAUGUCUUUCAAUCUAACACUGAGCCUCUAGCCAAAACAUUCAGCCAUUGUUUAGCUUUGAUUAUUGUUUAGAUGGGAGUUUAGACUGUGUAGGAUAGAGCUAAGUUUACAUGAUGUGGAGUUCACGCUCUGUCGCUGUCGUGGAGAGCAGAAGUAAUCUGAUAUCAGGGAUUGGGUUGACUUGUGGACACUUGGUGCAGGUCAAAAGUCAUUUCAGUGUGCAUGAUGAGCCAUAUUACUGAUUUUAAAGAUAUGGGGCUUGAUAUAGGCUGGAUUAUGGUAUGUUGUGCUCUAGAUAUUUUGAAGCCCAAUUAAAUUCUCUUUAAUAAGCUUGCUGAGAAUUAAAAUGACAUUGGAUAGCAAAAAUAAAUCGUGUGAUAACAUGGAGUCAACAGAUUUAAGUGGAUUUCUACGUUGACAAGUGUAGGAUCACUCUGUAAAUUCUCACGUGCAGUUGCUGCAGAGAAACUUUCUUACCCUGCUCUUCUCAAACUUAUGAAACAACAAAUUGCACAACAUUCAAAGACAAAGGCAGUGAUUUCAAGAUUAAGAAAGGGGAAAAGUAAGCAGGAAUUUUGCCCAGAAAUGGCUUUGUAAAUAAAAACAUGCCAAUGCCAGGAAACCACAGUUUGUAAUGAGUCUCAGUGCACCAUGAUACUAAAAAAUUCACUGGUUUGUUUCACACACACACACAAAAGAAUUGAAUCUCGCUGCUACAGUAAAAGCUGAAGAAACUCACUAGAUAAAGAAUUUAAAUACAAGUGUUAAUCAUUUCAAAAUGUGGGGAAACUAAAGUAGAUUUCAGGUCAAUUUCUUGGUCAUUUGCAGCAAAAACUCACUCAGAAUUUCCUGGUUUCCCUGUUUCUAAGGUGUAACAUAGCUUAAGUAAGUUUUAGUUGACAGCUAUGUUUUAAAGAUGCAAAAUAUUUCAGUUUACACGUGCUGUGUUGUAGUUUGAGACUUCUGGGAUGAUCAUAUUUUAACCGGAAAAUUGUUCAAGAUACCAACAAAGAGCAGCAGAGGUAGAAAAAAAUCCCUUAAUAUAAAAAAAAUUAUAUUAACUGCAGCCUAACUUUUAUGGCAGACGUGACAACUUUUUAUCUUUACUGUGAAGACAUAAAACACUUAUUAACUACAAAUAUGACAAACUGUCAGCAGGACCGUUCUGCAAUCACAUGUCCCAGCUGUGCAGGGACUCAUGUCGAUACAGAAAAGCACAUCUGCAUCCCAAGUUGUUUCUGUAGUUGUAAAAAUAAAGAGCGUGUUACUCAACCUUCCUGAUUAGAUAAACGUUAAAAAUGGCAUUUCCUCUUGUCAACAUCCACUCAGCAGGAAGCGUGCCCGGACAGCUCUGUGGCCUCUGCAGGAAUCAGUAAAGUCUGUUCACUUUCACACUCAGGAUCCCCAAACAAUGGAGAAGUCAGAGGUCAACAGAAUUGGCUAAUGGACACUGGGUAAUAUUCUUCGGCGUGGUUGUAAAACUGACCUUUGACCUGGUGUCUUCCUGCAUGCUGGAGACAAAGCUUGUGAAAUUAGAGGAAGCCUGUCUGUGCUUUUGUUUUUGUUUUUUAUUUUUGGAGAAACAUAAUAGUUAUGAAGACAAAUGUGCUCAUAUUGUUGUGUGCAUUUUUUCGUGUGCAAAGCUUGCAGUUUGUUGGCCCGGGAGGCCCUCUCCCUGUGUGUCACAAGUUGCUGUUAAGUAGCUGGAGCAUGGGACCAAACGGCGUCUUGCUAUGACUCCCCCCUGAGAUUCCCAUAGCGUGCUAAAGCCUUGUACCAAAGUUCCUCUUUACAAUAUGUGUGUGACUAAGAUCAAUAAACAUUCCCCCUCCCUCUCUGUGUCUGCUCCUAAAGAGAAGCCUGGCGUUCGUGCCUCCGUGCCCUCCUGUCCCCCCUCUCUCCCCAUCUCCUCUCCCUCCCCCGUUCUGGCUCAGCACAGGAAACCAGCCCCCCCGCCCCCUCCCGACAGGAAGUCAUGUUGUCUCAGUGUGCUCGGAAGGCCAAAGCGAUAUCAAUUGUGGAAGCGGUGUUUACCUUUGGAGUUUUUAUUUUAAUCUCCAGCUCUCAGGCUGGUGGCCAGGGAGUCAGUGCCCAAAUUGCACGGGGCCAACGUGCUGAGUGGCCUGGGCAGGGCUGCUGCUUUCACACGCAAUGCCAUGCUCCCAAGAAGCCCCCGGCCACAAAGAAGGGAAAGCAGGGUGGGCCAAUGGUUAUACAAGAUCAGGGAUUCCAGAAAUGGUUUGUGAAUAUCUGCAAUUGAUCUUUCUGGGAGAGUAGAAGGGGAAUUUAGAAAGCGCUCUCUUGAACGAUACCUCUGAACGUUGAACCUCAUUAGACCCAAACAGAUCUCAUUGAAGGGAAUUUUAAGGAACAGCUUUCACACUCUGCAGUUACAAAUCUCUUCCCCUAACCAGCAUGUUUUCUUGUAAAACAGAAGGACUUUUUUCUUAAAGAUCUGUGUUUCUUAUAAAUUAAUGCAUCCGCUAUUUUUUGAAAUGUUGCAAACUAUGUUUUGUUCAGCUUCACAACCUCACUGAAAGAAAUCCACUGGAAAUGUUAGUUGUAACUUGCCCCUGAAUUUCCCAGAAAGCUCAGUCAUUCAAGCCAAAAACAAACAUGAUUCGUGGACAAGUUGGCAGCACAAUCUUGGAGUCAGUUUCUUUUUGAGUUUAUUGCACUUUUCUAUUUUUUCACUUCAUUUAUUUCACCUUGAGAGCAGUUUCUGUUUGAGUGUUUUUAAUACCUCUACCUCUACGUCUCUAAUAGCCCCUCUUGACCUGCCAGCCUCAUAUUGAUCUUCCUAUCACAGUCUUGUGUGCAUCACACAGUUUAUUCAUUUUCAUUUCAUCUUUUAUUUUUUCUAAUGCAGUGACUAGACAGAUGAAGCAAACUUAUAAUCCCUGCAUCUUGCUUAAAACAAAUAUCCACUUACAUCAGAUGACUGCCGUGUAAUAAACUGUAUAGAUGAAUCAAAUAAAGAAAAGUAAUCAUAUAAAUAACCUUAAGAAAAGGUACAUACAAAACAAUAAAAUAUAUGAAAUAAAUACAACUCUUUAAUCAUAACAUGCUUUUGUAUAGUUUCCAUAUUCCCCACUUAAACUUUUGCUUAACCUGAAAAAUUUUGCCUUGAUUACACUGACUGACGGCACAGAGUUCAAGUGACAAAAAUCUUCAAUAUUUUAAACUCUCAGGUCUGCAAAUGACUGUCUAAAAAUAUUGAAAAACAAAUAUGUAAUUUAGAAAGACUGAGCCUUGGUAAAUUUGUCUAAAGUGAAAUCUGUGCAGUUCACACUCUGUCUUCCUACUUGUUAUUCAUUAACCUGUUUGACUUGGAGCUCUGCCCAGUUCAUUCAGAUUUUUGAAUCACAGCAUGACAAAACGCUUCCUCAUAAAUAAAGACAGUGUUGACUGGUGGUAAUUAACUCUUGCGGCUGUUCACACAGAUAAACACACAAAGCCACCGACCUGCUCCCCCCCACACUCCAGUCACCAGCCUCAAUUAUCCUCUAAUAGCAACUUUAUUAUUAUUCUCAGUAUUGUUUUUAUUUACAUUUUGGGGGAGUAAAUUGUAAUGACAGUACUGGGACUAUUUUGUCCAAGCAGAUCAUGAAGACACACUAACUCACCGAUGAAUGAAAGCCCAAACCUUAAGUGGCUGUACCUUUAGUGGCUGUUUUAAAGCUGUAUUGUGAUCUUGAGGCAGGUCUCAAAUUAGCUCCAUCUUAGUUAGUGUCUUUGUACCAGUGCCAGUGUACUAUGACUGAGCCUCCCAGUGUCUUGCGUGAGAGAGUCCAAAGUACCUUAGCUGUCACAGUGACAGUAGCGUGCGACUGUGCCUCUCUGUCUCCUGGUUAGCGUGAGAGCUCAGCAUGGUUGGGGUUGAAGGCCAGGUUUUUCCAGUUUUUCUUUUUUUUGUUCUGUCUUCAUUUAGUGUUUUUUUUUUUUUGUUUGUGCUAACAUGUAUGUAAACUUUAUUGAGCACCACUCAGUCAGCCAUUGUAUGUUUAGUGUGUCAGCGGUGUUUUGUUCGCGGCGAGUUAUAGUAACUAACCGUGAGAGGAUAAGCAGAGUCGCCAGUCAGAGUUACACGAGAUAAAAGAAGUUUGAGCAUUCAGUCACAAUCUGAAACUGCUGAGAGCAGGAACUUAUUGUGCGUGGAUUAUAGCAUUUACACAACACCAUGAUGUAUAGUAUGAUGGCUAAUAGCUCAUUCAGGGGUGAUUAGGUUGUGAACAGGGUUGAGGGAGAGGAGGAUUUCUGGGUAAUCUAUGCAUUUUGGGGUAGAGAUUAAAGUCAAGGCAGUCCCACAGCAAAGCUUUCCUGUGUCUGUCUGUAUCCCUCGUGGAGUCCAUAUGAGAGCAUUUUAUUAUUAAACAGUGAGGUAUAACUUCUCUUACCAUUUUUUAGAUUGAGAAAAACUAACACAUUUUAUAUAGAUUUCAGCAUACUAAUACUUAGUUGUAUGCAGCCUUAGUUAUAUUUUCUGCGUAUAUUGUUGUUAAUUAUUUAUUACAGUUUGUGAUCUAUAAAACCACACUACAGCUGAUUAUAACUUUUUUCUACAGUCUUGUCUUUUUACACACCAGCCUCACCUGUGGCAGAAGAUUUAUUUGGACAAAGAAAGACUUGUUUCUAUUUAUAACUAGUUUACAACAGUCAUAAGUGUUUGUGAACCUGUAUAUGAGUUAAAACUUCAGUUUGUUGUUUAAAACACCAUAAAAUAAGUUUUGGUAACCUCCACAAUUUGUGAGACCUGCUGGUAAACUUUUUUUUUUUUUUUUUUUAAUGGGACAGUUGUUACUGGUUGACUUUGAUUCAACUGUGGUCACUUCUCAUCACCUGAAAUUAUUGACUUUAAUUUGAGUAGGUGCUCUCUUCCUACAUCACAAAUGUCUAAAUUUAAUUACAACCACAGUUUUAGAAAAAGUUUUAUAAAAUAUGAACAAAAACAGAAUUUGAUAGUUUGGAAAACAUGUAAACCUCUUCAAUCAAAAAUGGUGCCAAGACUGGAAAAAGAAAUUGCAUGUGAAAAAUGUUGGCUCAUAAAUUUGAUGCCAGCAAAACAUUACAACAAAGUUGAGACAGGGACAUGUUUGUUAUUGUGUUGCAUCACCUCUUCUUUUGACUACAGUGUUUGUGAACCAGAGAUGAGUUUCCGGAGUUUUGAAUGUCCUAUGUUGUCUCAUUCUUGUCUUAUAUAUGAUAUUGGAGGUGCAACAGCUCUUUAUCAUAUUUUUCAUUUUAUGGUUAUCAAACGUUCUCAGGUCCCACUGGGACUCUUCUGCUAUAGAGCCUUGCCACUGAAAUAAUAAUGGCCUUGCUGUAGGGCUGGGCGAUAUGGCCUCAAAUCAAUAUCACGAUAUAUUGAACAGUUCACCCCGAUAACAAUAAAUGGACGAUAACUACUUCACAAGCUGCUCACUCCCUCCUACAUUAACUUUGUCUACUUCAGCCACAACUCCAGCCGCUCCAACUUUGAACCAUCCUCCAUCUCCUCACCUGUCUUUCCCUCUUUGCUACGGACUGGAUGGGGUGGAGUCACGUCUCUGAUGUAGGACAGCGUCUUAAAGGGACAUGAGACCAUAACCUACCUACACACCCCAAAACCAACUUUUAUUUAUUUAUUUUUUUGACACCGAUAUGAACAAAAUGACGUUGGUUAUUGUCGUAAAUUUCAGUAUUGGUAAAUUUUCGGUUUAUCGCCCAGCCCUACCUUGCUGUGUUGAAAUCUCCCAGGUUUUCUCUUGGAAAGUUGCCAGACUAUGCUAUCCAUAUAUAAUGUUCAGUGUUAAUGGAGCCUUUGUGUAAGUGUAAGAGCUACCCAGGCCAUGAGCUCUUGUGCAUCCCCAUAUCAUCAGGGAUUCUAGCUUUUGUAUCAUGCACUGAAAAUCAGCUGGUUAGUCCCUCCCCUUUUAUACUCAAAGAUGCAGCAUCCAUGAUUUCCAAAAAGAAUGUCAAAUUUGAUUCAUAAGACCACAGGACAGUUUUCCGUUUCACCUUCCAUCUGAAGAAGGUGCAGAUGUUUCUAGAUCAUCUUCAUAUAUGGUUUCUGCUUUGCAUGGUAUUAUUUUAGUCUGCAUUUGUGGAGGCUGUGAAGAACUGUGUUUACAGACAGUGGUUCAUGGAAGUGACUUUCGGUCCAUGCAAUGAUUUCUGCCACAGAGUCAAGUUUGUUUUUAAUGCAGUAGCAUCAGGGAAUUGGAAGAUUAAGGUUAUAAGAUCUGUCUCUUGUGUACAGAGAUUUCUCCAGAUUCUCAGUAUUUUUUUAUCAUCUCAUGUUCUGUCGCUGAUAAAAUUCAAGUUCUUUGCAAUCCAACACCAGGGAUUAUCACAAUGUGGUGAACCAUUUUUACCUGGUCAUAUCACUAACCUGUUUUAAGUCAUCCUAAAUAAUCAGUUGUUGAUUUUUAGCAUCACUUAACUCUAUAAGCGUUGAAAAAAAUAAACUAAAUAAGCACAUGCAUUUUCCAUCAAAGAGUACAAGUUUUUAAACAUUUGAUUUGUUGUCUUUGCUGCAAUUCCAAUUAAACGUUGGUUUAAAUGAUUUUUAAAUUGCUUGUAUUAACAUUUAACCCAAUAUGACAGUGUUGUUAUUAUUAUUUAUAAAUAAUUAUAGAAAAAAUUGGAAAUAAUGUGUUUUAAUGAUUUUUAAUUUUCCAUUCAAAUAUAGUUAGACUUUGUCAAAAAGUAAACUGUAGCAUAUUGACUUGAAGUAAAUGUUGAUGGAUUAUUGCCAUCGCCAGUGUUUCUCAGCAUCCAUGUUCAUGUUGCAAACAUCUAAAUGUCUCUGUGCUCUGCAGCCCCUGCAGGCUCAUCCAACAGCAGAGGAGCGACUCAGUCCACUCAAAAGAAAACCAGUAUGAAGAACGGAGGUGGUGGCGGGCUGAUGAGACAAAAGGAUGACGAGUGCUUUGGAGACAGGACUGAUGAGGACCUGGACACUGACUUUGACUUUGAAGGAAACCUGGCUCUGUUUGACAAAGCUGCCGUCUUCUCUCAGAUCGAUGGAACCAGCAGCCACAUCAGCAGAUCACAGCAGCACAGCAAGCAGGACGAACACCGACCCCAGACCUACCGCCAUGAUGAGAACAUUCUGGAGGGAAGGCCCAUCAUAUACCGACAGAUAUCAGUGCCCCAGCAUGGGGGAAAGGAGUACUGUACAGGUGAGCGCAAGUGUGUGCAUAUAAAGGCACAAAGAGAGACAGAGAAACACACCCACACACCACACCAUACCAACCACAACAACCACACCAACAUUUGGAGCUGUUUAAAAACUUGUGGCCUCUUCUGCAGCUCUAGAUUUCGCAUGCUGUUCAGGCAGCACUGAGGCAGUCUAUACCACAAAAAAAAACAGCUAUUGAACCACAUUUUGUUUGUGAAACCAGCUCUCAACAGAUACCUGUUCCCUCUGUGUUGAUGAAUUUGAUUUUAGGUCCCUGUUUUGAAAACCUCCAACAGGGUCUAGAAACCAUUAAAAACACAUAGAGAAACACCAAGACACUGGGGGGCGUAUCCAAACAUCACCAAACCCACUACCAGUCACUCUCUCACACACACCCAGAGAAUCCUACUGCUGAAAAUGCAACGUGGCACCAAAACUACAGAUUAAAGUCGUUCUGGCAAAGAUGUUGUUAUUUAAUCUGGUUUGAGUAACAUGGGCUUGAAAACAUGCCCAGCCCACUGACAGUUUUUGGAUUAGACUAGUGUCGCUUGCUUCUAUUUUUCCUAACCUUAAGCCCUGAAACAGUCUCGAGCCCAGUUUAAUUUACAGAUACUCAAAGCACAGCAAACAGGACGUUUCUCCUAUUGUAGAAGCUGGAUACAGUGUUUAUAAAAAUGAAAAUCAACCUGUUAUUUUUGGCGUCAGACCAGAUCACUCACAGCAGACAGAACAAUAUGCGUGCCUGCAAAACGUUGUCGUGUGAGAAUGUGUGCAUAUGAUACCAGGAAAGGAAAAAAUAGACCUUUAGCCCAAAGAAGGUCUACCUUACUAACACACCAACCCCCACACACCUUCAGUGCUUCCUGUGCUUUCCAAGAGCUCGGUCACACUCACAGUAAUCUCAUUUCACAUGAGUUAGUUGACAUUGUCCACUGCAGAUAAAAUAAAGUCCCUCUUUGGGAUAUUCUAUCAGCGAGUGUGUUUCAGCGCAGUGGACACGGUGUGUUUGUUUUGGACAGAGUAGUUUAUUCCACUGUGUUUAAACUUUGACCACAACCGCCAUGUGUUUAUCUAAUACCACUGUUUUAAAGCACAUCGAUGGUUUUUGCAUUAACUUCAUAAAUUUCAGAUUUCAGAUGCUGGACCAAGGCCACAACACUUUAAAUCUCUCACUGAGGAAUGUGCUUUGGUGUCUUUUUAAUGUUGAAUAAAACAAAAAGAAAACAACACGUGGCGUUACAGGUCACAGUGGAGAGGACGCCUAUCUGUCCUGUUGGUCAGAGUGAGGUCAUUUUGGGUCAGACUGACUGGAAUCGUAUCCUCCUGUUACUGUUUAUCAUUCAGGGAACUUUUGACUUCCAACUCCCCCCCUCCCCCAACAGUAUGCCCACAGAGAUGAUGACCACGUCCUUUCUCACAGUUCAUUUCACUCCAGAAUCCAGUGUUACAUAACUGGUUAAUAGAGACACAAGAUAAGUAAGCAGCAUGGUAACACAGGCCCCAGAGUCCAAGGUGUGAGUGGGAACAGAAAGAGGGUGGAGGUUGGUGGUAUGUUAUAUGAGCUUGGUCCAACCUUCACCUUUUUCUGCUCUUAUUAUAAAGUCAUAUAUGGGGCUGAUGUGAUGUAAGAAGUGAGAAUUGACUACUUAGUUUUUCUCCAGUCAAUGUUGUGCAUGUGGUUCCUCGCCUGUCAUGAGGACUGGUAGAACCAGGACUAGCAGAAACAGGAUGAUGGCUCAGCUUCUUAUCCCCCAGGCUGUGUAUACAACAGGUUGUGUUGGUGUUUCUAGGACUUUUAUCCCAGACUGUAUCAGAUUGAAUGCCACAGUGAAGCUGAGCAGGACGGACUGCCCACCACCGAGCAGACAGCUCUCAAACAGAGUCCUCUUUUCUUUCUGCGCAGGCAGAUCUGCUUCCCAGGGUUGUCAUCAUAAUCCUCAUCCUCUGCACUCUGUAAUUAGCGUGCCGCCGCACAGCCUUACAUAAACAGCACCUCUGAAUCAGGAACAAACCGCAGUGCUCUUGACCUGGAAACUUUGCCAGUAAACAGAUAAAUCAACAAUGGAAGAACUGGGAAAGAAAAACUACAGCACCAAGCUGUACGUUAGGGUUGCCAUAAUGCACCAGCAAAGUCGUUUGACAGGCUUGUUUCUAUAGACUAUUGUUGAUUGUAGAGGUUGCAGGCUGUGUACAUUUAGUUCUGCUAUCGUCUCUCUAUGCUGUGCAGUGAUUGAGUUAAGCUUUGCAGUGAAACGUCAGUGCAGCAUGACAGGCUGCAACACAAACUUCAACUAAGCCAACUGGUUUCUUGUUUUUUGUUUUUUUUUUAGGUUCUUUAUUGAUUGAUAUUAGCUUGCUUUGGGAGACACAGGCAGCAGACUUUCAAACUGAUAUCAUUGCACAUUAUUUUAAACAGUCUGGGAAAUUUAAGAUUGUAGGUGAGAAAUAUGCAUGCUGUGAUCUUCUCUUUGGACUGCGCACUGUCAGGUGAUGCAUUCAAGUGCUGAGUAGCACGGAGAAGUGAUGCUUUUACACCUUUUGGCAAUAAAUCCCUUGACCUUAAUUCCUUAUUUUUAUUUAUGCAAAUUGUGAAACCAUGAACUCUGAAAAGCACCAAAAUCUCCACUUUUCUCAUCAAGUCAAAAUCCAUAUUUCAUCCCUCUCUUGUUGCAAAUGAUAAUAAAAAGAUGGAGUUAAUGAUUUACUGUACUUGUCAAAAGUGUGGUUUGCAACUUCAUUUAUAGGCAAUCACAGCUUUUGUUUUGUAUCCAAAUAGAGCUGUUAAGCAGUGACUGUGACUGAUCAGGUACAACUUUAAGUGUCACUGCAUUACUAAAAUGUGUUUUUUUUUGUAAAGCACAGUGCAGAAAGUUCUUGCAUAGAUAACAACAUCAUUUAAUCUUAUAGGUUUACUCAAUGAUUCUAUUAUCUGAGCACCUGGGAACCAUUGCUUCAAUCUUCCUGCCACCUCAGAGCUCAUGUCUUGCAGCGCUGCAGAAAGUAACAGAGCAGCAGCAGCCUCGUCUAACCCUCCCUAUCCCAGCUCAAGUCUUAGUCACACAUGGCCCACAUCCAGCCAGCGUGUAUUGCUUUCAGUCCCGUCAGUUCCCUUGUCAUGCUUGAAGGAUUGCUUCCAGCUCAGUUUAUUUUAGUGCCGCUGCAUACUGAUGGCUACCCGGUUUUGCUAGUUGCCUGCUGACUUUGUUUUCACACCACACCGAAAGUGGGUGUGUGUGUGUGUUUGUGCGACACGUGUUUGUGUGUGCACAGAUCAAUGCAUGUGUGUGAGAGUGUUACAGAGGAGGAGAUGGCGUGCGUGCAGGGAGGGGAGGGGUUGUUUUGGUACCGGCAACUUCAGCUGCAGAGUUAUUAAGAAGUGCACCUGGUGGGGUGGUUGAAAAGCAAUUAGUGCAUACUAGUGCAACUCCUACUUCCCCUGUGCUUGGCACUCAAGGCAGCAGUUUGCAUGACAAGAGGCAGUUGACUGUACUGUGCUUAUCACUCACGUGAGGGUUGGUAUGUUCAAGAUUUCUGCUCCCCGCUCAAACAUAUUUGUACUCUCUUUGUGCGGUAUCAAUAAAAGAAUAGUGGGAGGGAACGGGACAAACCCAAAGAUAAGCAAAUUUCAUUUAGGCACGACAUAAGAGACUGUGUUUGUGUGUAAUUAUCUUGUGUAUGAGGGCGUGUGUCACUGUCCGUCUUGCAUGCAAGGGUGCAAAGUUGUGGGUAUACUGCAGCCUGUAGAGAGUUCACUGUAGGAUGAGGUGUGUGUGCUAGCGUGCUCAAGUGUGUCAGCAUGAAUUUGUGUUCUCCAUUGAGGCCACCAAGUACUCGGCUACCAGUCCAGAGACCUGUUGGAGGCCAUUAAAGACUUAACUGCCUCCCAGUGGCUUUAUUUAUCAAAGGGAUCCUGAGCCGAGCAGUUCCCCCAGCUUGACUUUCAUUACCCCUCUAAUGUGCCACAGGCAGUAGACAGUAAGGGAUUAGCAUGGGCUCUUUUGAGGGUUUCAGCACACUUCAGUUUGUACAGCGAUAAAAGGUCGACUAGGAGCUCUGUAAUACAGCAGUUCAAAAGAUUCACACAAGAGAACAAUCCUGACUUGGUUAGGGGGUGUGACACGACAAGUGACACAAAGGCUAAGGGAUUAAAGUAGAAGAAUGGACUAUAAAAAAAAUCCAAGUUUGAUUUAGUGGUAAUGAGGGGAGCUAUAAAAUCUAUUACAGACUGAUCAACAUAAAGUCAUCAGAUACCAGACCCUGGAAGAACAUUUUUAAUUAGAAAAUCCAAACAAAGUUCUGUAUAAUUUAAGCCACGCUCCCCUGUUUGCUGCAUGCUAGGCCUCUUAUGACUAAACAUAUUAAAGACAUGACUCACUACAACAGCGCAGUGCAAAGCUGGGUCCACGCAUCUACAGUGCCUUGAAAAAGUAUUCAUACCCCUUGAACUUAACCACAAACUUAAAAGUAUUUUAUUGAGAUUUUUUGUCAUAGACCAACACAAAGUAGCACAUAAUUGUUAGAGGCUGCAAAAGACUUGAGACUAGGAAAGAGAUUCACCUUCCAGCAAGACCCUAAAGCUGUAUGUUUAAUGACCCUAAACAUACAGCCAGAGCUACAAUGGUCUGGUUUAGAUCAAAGAAUAUUCAUGUGUAAGAAUGGCCAAGUCAAAGUCCAGACCUGAAUCCCAUUGAGCAUCUGUGGCAAGACUUGAAAAUUGCUGUUCACAGACGCUCUCCAUCCAAUCUGGCUGAGCUUGAGCUACUUUGCGAAGAAGAAGGGGCAAAAAUUUCAGUCUCGAGAUGUGCAAAGCUUGUAGAAACAUACCCCAAAAGACUUAAAGCUGUAAUUGCAGUGAAAGGUGGCUCUACAAAGUAUUGACACAGGGGGGCUGAAUACAAAUGCACACCACACUUUUCAGAUUUUUAUUUGUUUAAAUUUUUGAAAACCGUGUAUCAUUUUUGUUCUACUUCACAAUUAUGUGCUACUUUGUGUUGAUCUAUGACUAAAAAUCUCAAUAAGAUACUUUUAAGUUUGUGGUUGUAGACUGACGAAAUGUGAAAAAGUUCAAGGGGUAUGAAUACUUUUUCAAGGCACUUUAUAUAAUAAGAAGUUUUGCCCAUGGGGUGUCAUUGGUAUUGUAGUUUUAGUGCACACCCCAUGCACUGAGACUGCAGCCCUCAAAUGGGCAGCCUGGGUUUGAUUCUGAUCUGUGACCCCCCCCCCCCCCCUCUCUCUCUCUCUCUCUCUCUCUCUCUCUCGUAUACACAUAAACAGUAUAAUAUAGAACAGUGGUUCUCAAGAAAUGUCAAGGAUACACACAAGGUCAUUUGCACCACAAAGGAGAACAUGGACAAGUUGACUUUUGGAAAAUUAUUAAAUGGUCCGAGAAGUUUAAAGGCUUGGCAAUCAGAAAUGUCUGGUGGAAAUUACAUGUCAUGUAUCAAUUCAUGCUAAUAAAUACCUCUAUUUUAGUCUAGAGAGCACAGUGUGAACCAGGCUCCAGCUUUAUUAUUAUAUCAUUGAUACAAGAGAGUAUUCAUAACCUAGACCUCUGCUAAUGUCUGGGGUACGGGCUGUCAUUUACAGGCAAGGUUAAAUCCUGGACAGGUCACAAGUCAAUCACAGAGACAGAGAUAAAUAACCAUUUAACAUGAAACCAUCCGUUUUCAUUAACACCCAUGGGAAAUAUUUUUAGAGUAAUCAGUUAUUCCAACAAGCAUGUCUGGUUUUGGGGUAAGCUGGAGUAUCCACACAAGCAUAGACAAAAGUCAAACUCUGCAUAGGAAGGUCUCGGUACAGCCAGGUAUUUUGUUCAGCAAUCUUUUUUUUUCCGUGAGGUGAUAAUACUGUCAGAUUGAUGUCGUAGUUUUUUAAAUCGAUCAAUUUGGCAGGGUGAUUCAUCAAACUUCAGCUACAGUUUUGAAUUUAUGAUUGUAUGCUGAUGGGCUUUUUAUGAUCAUGAAAAUGAAAUGAACAAGAUAAGACAACAGUAGGCCUCCUGCCAUGUUGUGCUAUGGGGGUGAAUGGAGUGCACCCUCCUGUCCUCUACAGCAGACCAUGUGCUCUGCCCCCUCCCCUUUAAUCGCCCUCACUUUCAAUAUGCAACAAAGUUUGGAGCACAAAGAAGCUCUGAAUUCAGCAGCAAAGUCAUGCAGACAAAGCGAGAGACUGUAGAGAUUGUAAGCGUUAACAAGGUAAAAACUGCCAGGCUAAAUACACAGUGUGAAUAUAUGUUAGUACAGUUUAGUUUUAGUUUACCAUACACUUAGAUAACAACAGAUGUGAUGGAGAGAGGUGCAAAAAGCCCUUCUGAGUGGCUCAAUUUAGCACUUACCAGUACAUAUAUAAUUUUACAUUAGUCCCUUAAGAUAGGAGAAAAAAAUUAGGAGAACAAGUUUUUUCUGGUAUUAUGAUGACAGUAGUACCAUCAAACUAAAGUUCGGGCUCUUAAAGGGGAGUAGUGAUGGAGUAAAUGGUUUUUGUCAAAACAACAACAUAUGUUUUAUUUUAAUUAAUAUGUCAGCUGUAUUAUUUGAGUAAGACAGGCAGCUACAAAAGACAAACCCAUUCAUUAUGAUUUUUUUUUUAAUAAUUUAAUGUCACUAAGUGUUGAAUUUUCAAGUUUUCCAGAUCAUUUUAGUUUUAACAGUGUUUUUAAGUCUGUAAAUGUGUGUGAUGCAGGUGUGGAGUCAUGUGUGAUCAUGUUUAAUAUCUUUGAUCUCACUAUCAACCACAGUAAUUGAUUUUUACCAAUAACCGGCAGCCUAAUUUUCAUUCUGCUCAACUUUAACAUUGAUUCCCCAGAACUUGCUCCAUACAACAGGUUUUCUGCAGCUGACCAGUGGUUGGUUGAGUGUCCUUCAGAGGAAUACAUUCAUGUAAGCUUGAUUUUCUUGCACUGCCUCGGUGUGGAUGACGCAUUAUUCACAAGCAAAUGUAAAAGUGAAAGAAAGCUGUGAGACUUUGACAUAGUUUUGGGUGCUCUGGGUUUCAGUGUUGAACUAUGAAAAACUUUUCUUAGUUUUUACAAACUGUGUUCUUUUGUUCGUAGCUGUCAACAGUUUAUUUGAAGACACUGAAUUAAAUGAACUGUUUAUUAGUCGCCUCCAUGCCUCCCCCAUGUUUAUCCCUCGCUGAUCUGUCACCACGAGCCGUUGGGAUACAGGUGUUCAUAUGUAUAUGAUGUUUGUCCCCUUUUUGUCACGCCAACCCGCUGUAUGUUUUGACUGGGACAGCAGCCGGUGUGGGGGGUCUGGUUCAGUGCAGCCCCGUCCUCCAGCAGCAUGGCUGGGGAUUGGUCAGGGAGCAUGUUAUGGUGCGUGUGAACUCAGGGCCCGCAGGGAAAAGGCGUCUCACUCACUCUGCCUCACGUUUGUCAUGUUUUGUAAAGGCUGCCAGUCUUUCCUUUGUUACCGCAGACAGUAGUGACAAACAGAGGAGGAAACGGAGAAUCUUCUGUGAUGGGAACAACAUCAGGUCAUGAGGAGGGGGACGGGCUUUUCCACAGGGAGUGGGCUUCUUGCAUGACGAUCUGUGUAUCUUACAUGCUUCCAUUGUCCCCUGAGAACCUGCAGACCAAUGUUUGUCGUUAUCUUUGAGGUCAGGUUUCUAGGUUUUACGUCUUCCUCUGCUGUUGUUUUUCAAGGUGUCCUGAUGGAGAUAAAUGAGUAAAAGAGUCUUAUAAAGAUGUAUGACAGUUUAGGCCUGAGUCAGAAUAAUGACACACACACAGAAGCAGAAAGAGUAGAGUGAAACAUGAAAAUGUUGCAUAUUGCUCUGUCUUUGUCUGUGUACGGAGAGGAAAAAACUGAGAUUUUGAAUUUGAAGACUGGACGGAGGAACACUGCUGUGUUCGUGCUCGGAAAGACAUUUUUGUGCAUUGAGUCUUGCCUAAGGACACUUGAUCUGGGCAGAUGUUUGCUGGAAUGGGAUGAUGUUGUUAUUUACCAAUAAACUCCUCUGUCAUGCUCUAGUUCUGUUAAGUCAGAAAUAACUAAACAGGCAAACCAUUAAGAUGCUGUGUAGCUAACUGUAUAUUCUUCUCUGCAGAUUCAGGCUUGGUGGUUCCCAGCAUUCCCUAUGAGCUUCAUAAACGUUUACUGGCAGCUGCAGAGCAUCAGGGCCUGACUCUGGAGCGCAGGCUGGAGAUGAUUGGUGUUUGCUCCUGUCAGAUGGCUCUAACUCUGCUGGGCGGACCAAAUAGGUAAGGAUACUACAUUGGACUGCAGUGUACUGGUGAGCCCUACCAAUCCAAUCCAAUUCAAUCCAAAAACAACAAAACGCUGACCAAAGUGCUGCACAGUAAAAAUUUAAAAACAAUAAAAACAGACGAUUAACACUAACAACAAAACAAAGAAGCAGGACCACAUUAAAAAACACGGGGAACAACAUGAUUAAAAGGCCAAGUUCUCAAGAGCCGAAAGCCAAGGAGUAAAAAGUGCAUUUUUCCUACCACUUUUUGGUAAGCUUAUGGUUGUAACAAAUUUACAGCUUCAACCAUACCAUACUUUUCCACAUCAAUGCCACAACAGUGACAACUUGUAGGAGUCUUUACCAAACCCAGCACAUCUGCUGGACUGGGUUAAAAACCUCAUAUGUACGCUCAGCAAUUCGGCUAUUCUAUAGUGUACUGGUUGAGUUGAGUCACAUCAUCAAAAUCAAACCACUUCUGCACAAAUCAGUUUUUUUAGUAAAACUGAAUUUCAGCAUGUGUGAGCUGCACCAGGAAAAUUCUGGUCAGUUGCUGAAAAAUACAAAGAAGUCUGAAUUUGGGCUACAUCAAACUUUACAGCAUGUCUCAGUAGAUAAAAUUAAGCUAAGCAAUUGAGAGGAUGUAAGGUUACAUUAUCAGGUGUUCAGGGUUGGAGUUCAUAAAAGGACUUUUAGGCAAAAGUGAAUGGAAUGAAAUGACAGCACUAAAACCAUCACCUGCUCAUUCCUCCAAAUAAAACUAAAGUAUCAUCAGACACAGACUAUUAAGGAGGCUGAAAAUGGUAUCAAUAGGAAUCAGCGGUCCCCGUCGCUUUUAUCAAGUGUAUGUUUUUCAUUUGCAGCAAAAACCUUUUCAAGAAUUUUAAGUCACGUCAUUGUCUCUUAUACUUUUUGGAUGGUUUUAGUUGUUAGCUUUUGAAAUUCAGUUGGCAUCAUCUACUUUAGAGCUACCCUGUCCUUUUCAAAAGUGUAAUUGACUCAGAUUUUUAACUGUGAAACUUCUUCAUUCAGUGAUUUCACCUGUUUUAAGCAUCAGCAGGGAUUAGACCUUGGGGGGUCAUUUGGUUCCCUGUAAAGACUGUGGAAAAGAGGGUACAUUUGGUGAUUUAGGGUCUAAUUCAAAAAAGGUUUGUACUGCUUUUGCACCUGCUAAGACAUUGUUCCCAUUUUAAAGCACAGGUAGAGGAAUAUAUGCUCCACAAACUGAUGUUUUCUUGAAUCUAAAUGUAUAACUAUGCUUCAUCUGGGGAAAAAUACUCCCCUUUUUAUUGAAACAAGCCACAGUGCAACCCACCAAAUCACAGUUGGUGAAAUGUUUACGGUCUGCUGAGAAUGAUCAAGACAACAGUACCAUAUCUCAGUGUCCUGUAGGUAACAUGUUUGUACACAGAGUCUGUUAAAUUAAUUUCAGUUCAUCAUUAUUAGAAUGAUCAGAGGGUAUACCAAUCUGGGGUUCAACCCCUGUGUAUAAAAGCUGUAGCAUUUGUACAGAAACCUGUUAUUUUCCAGAGUCAGCUGGACAUGAACUGUAAAACUUGUGUUAUGUCUCUCAUAAAUUGACUCCACUGUGACUCUGCCCCUUCAUUCAUUACAUCAUAUAUGUGGAUAUACUGUAAUCUAGCUCUGUCAGGAUGAGAGCACUUUGCUCAGCAGGAUGUGGAGUUGAUUACAGCCUAUCUUAGUCACACAAAAAUGUAAAACUGGGACAAACUUUAUCAAGUUGCAGAACUUUGUGGGCAUUUUUUCCCUUCGGCAUCACUGGUGUUAUUUGCCAAGUGAAUCGGACCUUGAGCCAGAGCCGACAGUCAGGGCAAAUGAUUAUCAGUUAUUGGUGCCUUUUAGAGGUCCAUUCUUAUUGUGUAUAACCCUUAGCUUUUAAGUUUCCAAUCUGCAUCUCUCCUGCAUUGCUCUUUGUACAAUGAUGCAGCUUUAAAAAAAUGCAGAAAGUGACUAAUCAAAUGCAGUUGAGUCUCUGUAUACAUGUCAUUUCAUCUGAUUUACUGUGCAGUGUAGACAAAGCCAAUGUCAUCCGUCUAAUUAUAAGAAGAAUGUGCAACAAGGUGCCAAACAUCCGUGCCUGAGCAGUUAUACAAUCAUUAGAGCUGGUCUGUUCAGCUUUUUGUUUUCAUGUCAUGUUUUCUGGUUUCCAUGGUGAUCAUCUUUACUACCAUGUUUCUACAUGAGGGAGCUAGUGUUAACCUUGACCCCCUUUAAGAUGAAACCGAGCAGUGACAAGCAGGUCAAGAACCUGUAACAGGUCAGAGUAGUUGUGUUUGGAUCUGUUUACCUGCACCUUUAAGAGCGAUGAAGCUUGCUUAAGAUCAAAGAAUGUGAGUGCAGAGGCUCAUAUAACAAACACAUGUAUUGUCUCGGAUCCUUUCAUCCGUUUAGCACAGUAAUACUUGCAUGUCUCAAGUUAACACUGGACCUACUGUGAGCUCAGUUCAGGUUUAAUGUUGUAUUUUAAUACCAGGAUCAAAGACUCCACUGAGCUAAUAAGUGCACUGAUAAAUAAGUAAUGGGGCAUUUUAAAGAGGACUUAUGAAUAAGGUCCUGAACAUUGUAUGGAGGGCAUGUGCCAUCUUUAAUAUCAGUGUAGCUGCUCCCUAUUAUCAUAUUGAUGCAUGUAAUAUGUACUGCAGCUUUUAUGCAAACACAAGUGUAUGUCAUUUCUGCUUCUGAAGGAUCUUGAACCAAAGGAUAAAUAACCACUUAAAUCAACACACUGUUUCAGUUAAAAAAGGGAUGCCUUAAUGCGCCCAAGUUUUUGCAACCAGUAAUUUUUUUCAGAUUUGAUUGCUGUAAUAAAUUGCAGCAUGUUUUGGCCUAAAACAGAUGAAAAUAAUGAAACAACUAUUACUACCAGAAUAAACCUUUUCUAGUACCUUUGAAUAUACGCCUGUAUCAUCUUUUCCACAAUCCUGAACAGCGUUUUUUUAAGAAGGCUAAUUAGUGUAACUGAGUAAAACUAAGUGAUGCAUUUAAAGACUAUGGAGAUGUUUUAUUAGGGAAACAAGCAACCAUAGAAAAGCUUUCGAAAUUGCAAACACAUGCCCUGAGUGUCACACAACUAAGGGAGGCCUUUUUUUUUACACUUAGGCUACAUUUAUAUCCUUUUCACAGGAACAUACCGUCUUCAUCAGUAAUAUCAGUACUCUUUCUGGUAGUGUGUGUCAUGGUACCAAACAUAUUUUUAUUUUAACAGGAUGAUUGAUUACAAGACUGGAGAUGUGUAUUAUUAUCAUUUAAAAGUAGCGUGCAGUGUUAUGCAGAAAACAGACAAACAAAAAGAAUAUGGAUAAGUCUGUUCAGAGAAUUGCAUAAUCACCUGAAUCUAAAGGUACGUCAUUUCUUAGAAUGAGCCUUUUAUAUUUGCAGUACAAAGCAGCAGGUCCCCUUUCAUGGAGGCCACCAUUCAGCACAAAUAUGUUACCAACACAUUGCUGUUUUUCUUUAAUGGCUACCCAAAAUGCGCCUCAAGGAAGAAAAAGAGAAAAAGAGUGGAGGGGUUGCUGUGUGCAAAAUAAUUUGUUUUGAUCUGACAUUUGUGAGAGUUUUGGUGGUAAAAAUUUGACAAAUAGAGGAUCAGACCUGUCAUGCAUCACAAGAGCUUCCUGUCCUUUUAAGGUCUCUGUUGCUUCCUCAAUGAGAAUGGUAAGCAUAGGAGUGUUUCAAUAUAAAAUCUGUCUGCUAGAUAGUUGUAAAUAUUCCCAUUCCUACACUCUGCACUUUUGAGGAAAACUGCCAAGAUGAAAUACUGUGUGACUGAAUUAUAGUAUUUGGGAUGCAGAUUGAGAUAAUCAGUGCUGACACUGAUUUAAAUACUGAAAUUAAUCAUUUAGACAAGUGCACUGUCUGACACCUUGAUUCUUUUUAACACAUUGUUUCUUAUUUUAUUUUUUUGUCUGUUAAUUCUACUAUCUUCAACAUUAUUGAACACUGUCAAAGUCAUUCAGGCCUUCACUGCGCCCUCGCAGAGGGAAUUUUAAAAAUUUACAGAGCAUCCUGUAGUUUAGUCCUGAACAUUAAAAAAGUGAAUGUUUCAGGAAAAAAUAAGCGAUUAAAAAGAUUUAAUAGCUUCUCGACAAUCAUAAAUUAAUACGGUGCAUUUAUAAGAACUGACACAGCCAAGUAAAAAACUUAUUUUAAUUAAAAAUAUCAAUAAAGCAGGAAAAAAAAAGAAACGGAUGAAGACACAUUUAUCACUAAUAUUAAAAAGGGAUUUAACUCGGCUUUGUUUGUAUUUGAAAGUAGCAACCGCUACAAAAGGAUAAAAGAUGGGACUAAGGAGCUUCCUGUCAUCAAAUUAACCCACGGCAACUGGUUAAAAUCUAUAAACAGAGGUAGUACUCAGCUUGUAUAUCUGUACCCACACACAUAUUUUUCCCUAUUUUUUCCCAAAAUUAAUAAUGUGCCCCAGUGGUUUAAAGAUUUCACUGCAGAAUCAGCAAUUAUUCAUCUCUUUUCAAAGCUUCUUAGCUUUAUUCCUUGACUUGCAAAAUACAAGCGCAUGUAAGAAGUUAGUUUGUGAUUACGGCUUUAGUCAGGAGGAGUUUAGCAUUGUUUCAGUGAGCCUUAGGGACACACAAAUUUGAGCUUAUCUGUUUUCAGUUAUUUCUUAUUGUUGUUCCAGGCAUGUUGCAAAGUGAGUAAAUCACAGUGUGAAUGAAGAUUGCACACAGAGAGCAUAGAGCGUUUCCAGGUGUUCCUGAACAAUGGUCUCUUGGGUUGACCGUAGUUAAGGCCUGGUACUGGUGAGAAAUCAGUCUCUCGUCAUCAUUCGAAAAUACCGGGCAAUAGUUCCUGACCUUUUGUCUUGGAAUCCCCCUUCUUGUAUCUUAGGAAAGCUGACCCCCUACAGGAAAAGGAAACCCAGUGAUAUAAAAAUAAACAUCAAUUUUAAUGUUCUUACCAAACAAAGGGGGGAAAAAAUGCACUUUUCACAUUAUUCUAUCUUCUGCUGCAUAAACUAAACAGCUGGUGAGUUUGGAUGAUUGGAAGUUAAUGUGUAUAACAACCUCAGAGUUCGCAAAGCCAAGCACACCUCAGAGGCCUGGGAACCACUGUAUAACUGGGAGUACAUAGUUUAAUAUCAUACUGUUGUUCGAUGAUUCUAGUGUAACUUUGUGAUCACUUAAAUUUCCCCAGACUCACCCCGAAAAACGUCCACCAGAGACCCACUGUGGUCAUCUUGUGUGGGCCGCACAUCCAGGGAGCUCAGGGUAUCAGCUGUGGUCGACAUCUAGCCAACCAUGAAGUGGAGGUCAUCCUGUUCCUGCCCAACUUUCUCAAGAUGCAGGACUCUGUCACCGGUGAGGUCAACCUGUUCAGCCGGACCAAUGGCAAGCAGGUGGCCAGCGUCAAAGGUAGAAAACCCACACAAAAGAGAGGGGAGAUAUCUAACCCUGUUUCCACUCAGGAUAUCGUAACAUUAACAGAGAGGAUGAUGCCUGUGUACUGAUCUGUAUCUGAAGUGAUGAUGAAUGUAAACAUGACUUCCAGAGCAUUUUGGGAUAAUGUCUUGUUAGAUCUGAGCAGCUAAGAUCAAUGUUGCCCUCUAGUGGAGAAGAGGGAUUCAAAGCAUGACAUGUACCAUCCUUAAUUCUUGUGCAUGAUAUUUUGAAAUCCUCUGAAAAUGAACAUGUUUGAAAAAGUCUUUGAUAAGCUGUCGAAUCCAAAAGUAUGCUUUCAUAGUUUGUGAGGAAAAGAUUACAAACUUCAUGUAUUAACAGUUGACUCUUUCCCUUCCCCUCUAUUUUAGACCUCCCAACAAGCCCUGUGGAUCUGGUCAUCAACUGCUUAGACUGCCAUGAGAACCAUCUGCUGAGGGAGCAGUCCUGGUACCAUUCAGCAGCAGACUGGGCCAACAGUAACAAGGCUCCAGUCUUGAGUAUCGAUCCCGCUGUCAGUCAGCAUCAUCAGAGCAUCGAGGCAAAGUGGACUCUCUCUUUGGGCCUUCCUCUUCCUUUAGCUGAGACAGAGAGCAGGGUCUACCUCUGCGACAUCGGUAUCCCGAAAAUGGUUUUCCGGGAGGUUGGCAUCAGCUACCACUCACCUUUUGGAUGUAAAUUUGUAAUACCCCUGCAUCCAGCCUAAAAUGUUACCCACUGUCACAGCACUUAGUUACAAAUCGACACCGACCGAGUUUAAGCGAUACAGCUUCACAACACGUCUAAUAGCACAAGGAAAGGGCUUUUUCUCAUGUCCGCUGGAAACUCCCAGGGGCUGCCGCAUGUUGCGUGCGACACCUCUUGUUUUUAAGAGGGAAAGGUUUCCUGUUCUUUGGUGUGUUUUGAUAAGGGCUCCGUGUUACGAGGUGAAUAUGUUUACAAAAUGCUGACCACUGUGAGUCCGUCUGUACCCUCUGACCCUGUGACCAGCCAGAGCAGCAGAGACACACUUCCUGUUUCCUCCUCCAGAUUACAGGCAGGGUCUUAUCCUGACCCCAUGACCCUGCUGCACAGUUCAGACUGGAGCUGUCUGCUCACCCUGAUCUACCCCUCAUCUGGGCCACAGGGGACCAGGUUUAGUAUGAUUCAGUUUAGAUCAUUUUGACGUUGUUACAGGGGUGCAUUUUCACUUGUAUUUGUUGUAGCACAUUUUUACACAAAGGUGGUGACACUCAGAUUAUAUAUUUGUAUUUAUUUUGGAAUACAUCUCAGGAAUAAUGAAUGAAAAAAGAAAAAAGGUCUUUCCGCGCUGGUGGGUCCUUUAAGUUUAUGACCACUGACACUGAAAAUUAAAAGUGGUAGCAGACUCCCUGGAGGAUUACUUUUCUGUAUUUCUGAAGUCUUGCACAUUAGACAGGAAUUUCAAGCACAUUCCAAGGACCAAGAACAUCUUAGACCAGGUCAGUCUCCCAAGAUUAUCACAAGUACGGUGCUGUGAAAUCUAAUAAUUAGAGCUUUUUCUUUUUUGACACAUCAGACAGCUAAAUCUUGCGUCUCCGGCCAAAUUCUUGUCAGCGGUUUGACUUGUUAUUACAUUUCACCAGCAACAUUUUUACAGCAACAGAGUAAAACAGGCUGUAAUUUUGACUGUCAGCUAUGCGCUUUUCAAAUUCUGCAGGUAAUAAGUCCUUGAACUUUCAAUGAACUCACUUUUUUCUCCUACAACAAAAAAGCAGCAACCCAAGUAAAACCCAAGAGGCACAACAACAGUUCCUGGGUUUUGAAUGACAGAUUGAGUUUGUUUUUGUUUUUCUUUUUUAUUAAUCAAACUUUUUAUUCCCUGAAUGGUUUAAUGCACUCAAAAGCAUUGUCUCAACUUGUUAUUUGGAGACCAUUGUUUUUUUUCUAAGUAGAUCUAGUUGGGGCUUGAAAAGUUGCAUGAAAACCUCAAGAAAUGUGGCACUUAUCCAACUCUGCUUAACCCCUGAAAUCUGAGAAUUGUACUUUUUUAUCUCUUGAGAUUUUUGUGCAAUUCAGAAGCUGUCAGGAUGUGCUGAGCUGGAGGCAAAAUAGCAGAAGUUUUAGGUGGUGGUGUUUCCACAAAGUUCUAAAUAAGAGAUGUGAAUAAAAAUGUAAAUGAAAUAUUUAAAAUUCGCCUGAGAGGCUCUGCUCAGGGACACACAGGCAGUUCAAAACACUGCAGCCUCUUCUCAUGUCCUUUUUUAGAACUACUAUUCCCUUUCUUCUCCAUAACAGGGGGUAUUACAUGAAAAAGAAGUUUUUUUUUUCAUUUUGAUUUGAGUCUAAUCUUGAGAUUUUUUGGAAAGUAGAAAAACUAAAAAAAGGUGUAUUCAUUGCUGAGGGGUUUCUAGUCUAACAGGAGCUUAACUGAUGUAUGAAAAUGCUGUACCUGAGGUCUCAAUAAUUUUUUCAUACCGGCUUAGUUUUUAUGGCGAAGUUCCUGCUAGAAGUGGAAGACAUAUUUUGUUAAUUUAAAAGAUAGAAACACAGCAUAAACCCCGGUUGAUCACAUGUUUGAACUGCACCUUUAUGGAGAGCAGUUUAGUACUGAGGAAUUCUGUAAAUAAACUGAAGCUUGACAAAGACUCAGCCUGAAUCCAAUCACAAACCCUGGUGCUAUGUCGAAGUGGGUGCUUUUUUAUAUGUCAGCUGAAUAAAAAAUGCGAAGAAAAAAAAUUAACUGCACAAA